AUGCGCUGCACAACACUGUCGUCUGCAGCAGCGUUGCUACUGGCUGCUGCCACGGGCAUUGCAGCCGACUAUGUGCCGUUUGGUCACGAGCGACCGCACCAUCUCGCGCGGCGCGAUGCAUCGACACUCACCGCCAAAGAGAAGGGCACCAAUCUGGGCCACCAGGAACACUCCAAGCCAAAGGCGCCCUCUGGCUCGCGUCUCACAUCGCUCUCUGUCGGCUCGGAUAACAACAAGCUCGCCGUGUACUGGACGCGCAACCCCGCCAACGAAAAGGCCAAGCAGGCCUUUGUCAUGAUCCAUGGCCGCAAUCGUAACGGAGGCGACUACUGGACAACCAUGAACAACAUCCUCACCUCGGCCGUCAACGCUUCCUACCCCGCUGCCGAUCCGAACGCGAUCGUCGUUGCGCCGCAGUUCUACUCGCAGAAGCUCAACUCGGGCCAGUAUAAGAAACACGAGCUUGCGUGGGACGACAUCAAUGCAUGGCAAGCUGGCGAGGCAGCCAUCCACCCCACGGGGUCAAAGGAGACCUCGUUCGACGCACUCGACGCAUUCGCAGACGAGUUUACCAACACCACCAAGUAUCCAGCGCUGGAAGAGCUCGUGUUUGUCGGACACGGUGGAGGCGGUCAGCUCAUCAAUCGCUACGGUGUGGUGGCCAAGGAGAUGUCGACCUCGCGCGUGCAGGUGCGCUUCAUCGCAGGCGACCCCUCUUCGUCUGCAUACUUUACCGAGCACCGCCCCACGACCAACCCGGCGAUUGCGGAUAAAGCCAGCUGUCCGCUGUACAACACGUGGCGAUAUGGAUUCGACAACUUUACCGGUACGCUCGACGGGCUCAAGACGCCGCAGGAGUACUUUGCGCAAAACGUGCGACGCGAUGUGCGAUACAUUGUCGGAUACGACGACACGGCCGAAUCGGGCGACCAGUACUGCAUGGCCAUCCUCCAAGGCGGAGUUGCCCGGAGAGAUCGAAACUUGGCCUGGUGGAAGUACAUUAACCUGCUCGCGCGGACGGGCGAGGAUGUUUCUGGAUUCCCCGGUAAUUUGACUGCGCAGGAGUUGCCCGAUUGGAGCAGUUUGUCCGGCGGACAACUUGCGCAUACUCUCACCGUCAUCGAGGGUGCAACCCACAAUGCCGACGAGGUCUUCGGCAGCAAGCAGGGCAGGACCGUGCUGUUUGAAAAAUCUCAGACAAACGUUCAGCGUGGCUGGAGACCUAAGGGCUGGAACAAGGCCGGAACGCCCGUCGUCUCCUCCUCAGCCUCAGUCUCUGGCUCGGUUCAAGCUCCCACAAGUCAAGCUACAACAGCCUCUACACAGACAUCCACCUCACCCGCAUCCAAGAUCCAACUGCCCGCUAGCGCAGCUCUCGCAGCUGCUGCCCUCUUCGCUUUCAUCUCCCUCCUGGCCUAG